AUGGACCGCAUGGACGAUGCCGCCGUUGUGAAGCAUGUGCUCAGUAAUCGCAAUAGCUACUACCGAAUUCUAUUUCUAGAAAAAAACGCCACCACAGAGCAGAUUAGGAUUGCGUACAAAAAGAUGGCCCUCAAAUGUCAUCCUGAUAAAAAUAAGCAUUCUGGCGCCAGUGAGGCAUUUAAACUAGUGGGUACCGCCAAUGCGACGUUGUCGGAUGCGACAAAGCGUCACAUUUACGACACGAAAGGGGUUCAGGGAGUUCAACGGCAUGAAAGCUGGGGAGGGAACCGCGGUGGCGCCGCAGCACGACGUGCACAUAAUGGCGCAAAUGACUUUUUUGAGGAAUUUUUUGGCAGACAUGCCAAUAUGCAUAAUGCUGGGCCACAUGUGUACGAGACGGAAAUUAAUCCCAAUCUUUUGAUGGCUGUGCCGUUGCUGAUAUUCUUGUUUUUAGCAAUUCUUCUACAGUCUUCUUUAACAGAGAUCAACGAGUACCAGGAUCCUCGUGUGGGCCGCGGGGGGCAAGGUGCAAACUCGUUCAGUCUCACACCGGAUCCGCUGCAGGGGCACGUAGUAGAGCGCAUGACUUCCCAGAAAGGAUUACGAGUAAAAUAUUACGUCCAUCGGGCAUGGGCGGAACGCGCCGCACGCGGGUACGCGGAUGUGCGUCGUAUGGAACGGGAUGUUCUGCAGCAGCAACAGGAAUCCCUGGCCCGUCGCUGCGAGGCGGAGUCGUUAUCGUACAGGGCGCGUGGAAAGAAGGACACCCCCCCUGUCUGUUCGGACUACGAGGCGUUCCGUCGAGCGGCGCGUUGA